CGCAACUAAGUCAGCAUGAUGCGCAGCGCGGCUGAGGAAGCCUCGCACGACACCGAACAUGCGGAUUACAUCCAGGUUGCGAAUACAGACUUGUUCCUGCAGAAGCUUUUCCCUGUACCCUCGGACAUCGUCGAUGAGGUUAUGGCGGCUCUGCAGAGCCCCGUUGUUGGGUCAGAUUCACAGGCAAACACUGAGCCAGUCUACGCCGAAGGACGCUGGACCGACUUCCCCGCUGACGACAACACUGCGGCAGCUGAGCUGUAUCCGGCAUUCGUUCGACUGGCGAGACGCGUUGCCGAGGAGGUGGAGAAAACCCUUCCGAAGCGGCCAGCGGACGAACAGCGCGUGCUGUGCAGUCGCUGGCACCAUUACCCAAACGUUGAGGGGUCCGAGUCCGAGGAUUCUGAACUGGCGACGUGGCCGGGUUGUUUACUCGCUUUCGAAUCAGCAACGAGUGAAGAGAGCCAGGACGAUACGUGGUGGCUGCAGGUCAUCGCGGUCGUCGAGGCGAAGCAGCACGACAGGCAGGAUUGGACAGAAGUCGUGCAGCAGCUUCUCAAUCACCUGAGACAAGUCCUCGUCGAACAGCAGAACCGGCGCUUCGUCUUCGGCUUCGCUCUCAGCUCGAAGCAGAUAUCUGUGUGGCUGCAGGACCGCUCCGGCGUGCUGGGGACUGAGGUUCCCAUCAACUUCUGCGAGGCGCCCGAAAAACUAGUUCAGCUAUUGGCCGCAUUCGCCUACCUUCCUGCGCAUCGUCUUGGGUUCGAUCCGGAUAUGCGACUGUAUCGCGGCCCCAAUGAGGUUCCCCUGUCUCCGUACCGCAUGUCGUCCUCACCGAAGACGUACAUGUGCUCGCCUCAGGAUACGCACUGGGUCGUUACCCUGGGCGGCACGGAGUAUAUCACGGCCAGGGCUGUAAACACUAUGUAUGAUGGGCUAUCCGGAAGCGGAACCCUCGUGUGGGUAGUCGUGAAGUACGACGAUAGAAACAAGCCUCCGCCAGACCGUGAGUUAUAUGUUCUUAAGCAACAGUGGCACAUUGAGUGCGAGGUCGCGGAGGCGACGCUUUACAAGAUGGCGGGAGCCGGGUCUGACUGCGUCGGCAAGGUCAUCGACGACGAAGAUGUCCAGGUCGAUGGCCAGGUCGACAGCACGGCGGGAGCGAUACGUCGCGAUCUUCGGCCGUCUGCGCCAAAGACAGGCUCGAAGCGUUCUCGGCUUCAGGCCCGACUCGAUGCGCGACGCGGACAACGGCAUCCUCUCCAAUACGUCGAGGGAGGCGCGGGCGUCGAGCGCUUCGUCGUAGGGUGGCAGGACGGCAAGCUCUCCAACCGCAUCCGCACGCGCAUCCUCAUGUCCACUGUCGGUCACCCCAUCAAGUCCUUCGCUGACCGCCGUGAGCUCGUCCGCGCGAUGAUAGACGCCAUCAAGGGCGACAAGUACCUGUAUGGACACGGCGUUCUUCCUGGUGAUGUCAGCCCGGGAAAUAUUUUGAUACGUGGCCUAGAGGACAACGUCCCUGUGACGGGCGGAUGCAUCAUAGACCUCGACCGAGGGAAGAGGAAAGCGGCCUAUACCUUGCCGCGUCCAAACUACGACAACGAAAACUUCGCCAAAGGCCUGGAGCAGGUCAAGGUCAUGGUACCUAUGAACGUCCGAUUGGACUCGAAGUCCUCUGCCGAGAUCUGCACACUUGCAUUGCGCGCAACCUCGCGCCGGAUCGGUGAGAGAAGCGAGGAUGUCCGCAGAGCAAGACUUUUGGCCAUGAACUACGUUGAAGUCGUCGCUGCGUACAUGCACGAUUUCAGGCAGGUGUCACGGGAACAUGCUUUUACCCCCCAAUCGUUGCACUGGGACGUCGACUUGGAAAAUCGCAAUCACUUCACUCGGUCAGUUUCUGACGACAAUGACCACCCGGACUGGACUCGCUCGGGGACCGUGCCCUACGUCAGUCCUGAGCUCCUGGGCGACCGGGCGGCAGUGUUUGUCGAAUACGCAGUCAGAAUUCCGGCUGAGGACAUCUAUCCCGAUGCUGUCCACGACAUCGAAGCUUUCCUCUGGGUCCUCGUCUAUAUAUGUGUCACUCGCAGCGGUCCCAAAGGCGAGCGGCGCGAAGAGUUUUCUGUCGAUCCCAAUGAGGUAGAGGAUCCCGACAAGAAUAGAGCGGUAAAAUGCUUGCUUGGAGUCGCCGCGAACUGUUUCGACAACGAAGAUCAACGGGUUAUACGUGGGUACAAGGCAGACCUACACAAAAACGGUCUCCAGGCGCUCGAGCAGCGCAUUCUCCCGUGCUUCCACGGAUACUUUCAGUCAUUCAAGGACGCCGUGCGGGCUCUCUUUCAGCUCCUACAGAUCGCUUACAGGUUUCGUGCAUACGAGUACCUCACCAUUCACGACCGUGCCAUCGAGGUCCUUAACGACCUUUUGACGAAGCUGCAAGCGCCAGAGUACGAUGAGCAGGAGAACCCGGCGACCGUGGCGGAGCUGAAUAGGAGAGAGGAGUUUUUCGACGGCUUGCGGAAGAGUAUCGACUACCUAUCUGCCGAGCGCGAGACCCCAGAGUCUCCCAAAACAAUCAAAACCCUGAAAUCGGGUGACGCCCAGAUCCUAAGUGCCGCUGCACGCGGCAACGACGUUGCUUCCUGCCAUCUUGUUGGCUCACAGCGUCUUUACUUCAUCGUCAUGAUGAAUGCCGAGUUUGAGGCGAAUUUCGCUGAGGAGACGGCUGAAUGCUUUCAGAUCGCUCAAACGGAUGACUUCUUAUCGAAGAUGUUUCCCGUUCCCUCCCACAUCGUGAACAGAGUAAUGGAGGCACUGGGGAUCAUAGAAUCAUCGCAACCACCCGCCGCAGGCUCGAUCCAUGCUGAUGGCCGCUGGUCCGCUUUCCCGACUGACGACAAUGCGAAGGAGGACGAGUUAUACCCAGCGUUCAUCAAGGUUGCCAGCCGCAUCGCCGAAGAAGCUAGGAAACUGGUACCUGAUGACGAACAUCGCAUCCUGAGCAGUGUUUGGCGCGACUAUCACACCAAAUCACCAAUGUCAACCAGCACUACCGCGCCGCGUACGCGCCCUCGCUGCUUACUCGCUCUUCGAAGCCUGGAAGAUGAAGGGGAUCAGGACGCCAUCUGGUGGUUGCGAAUCAUAAUUGCAGUCGAGGGCAGACGAAAAGACCAGGAGUCGUGGGCUGACGUCGUGCGCCAUCUGCUUGGAUAUCUUCGUCAGAUUCUGGUGAAGCAACAAAAUCGGCGUUUUGUGUUUGGUUUUACACUUGGGCUCGGACAGAUAUCGGUCUGGCUUCAAGAUCGCUCGGGGGUUUUAGGGACAGACGUACCUAUUGACUUCCACAAAGGCCCCCGUCAAAUCGUUCAGAUCAUAACUGCGCUUGUCUAUCUUCCUGCGCAUCAACUGGGAUUUGAUCCGGAUAUGAAGUUGUAUCUGGGCCCUGAGCGCAAUCCUCUUCCACCGUAUCGCCUGGUAGAGUCCCCGAUGGACAGAAUGCGCUCGCCGCAUGAUACGCAUUGGGUCAUCACCCUGUCCAGCACGACGUACAUCACAACUAAGGCCAUGAGCUUAAUCCGCUCUGGAGAGAUGCGCGGGAGUGGAACCAUCGUAUGGGUCGUCAUGAAGUAUGAUGAAAGGAAGAAGCGCUCGUCUGAACGCAAGUUGUAUGCUCUCAAGCAACAAUGGCGCAAGGAAAACGAAGUCUCGGAGGCCGACCUAUACGAACUGGCAGGAACUGCGUCUGACUGCAUUGGGAAGUUUAUCGCCAGCGAGGAUUCUCGGAUCGACGGGAUAGUUGAUAGCACUCUAGGACCGAUACGUUGUGGUCUCGACUCGGUUCCCCCAUCCUUGAAGCGUUCUCGAAGCGAAGCUCUCCCAGAUGAGCGUCACGAGCCACACCUCCUUAUCCAUUGCACCCAGAACGGAGCGGUCAUCGAACGCUUCGUGGUCCGAGAUGAGAACAGGGUUAUCAACCGCAUUCGUACCCGUAUCCUCAUGUCGACGAUUGGCCAUGCCAUCACGUCCUUCGCCGAUCGUCGCGAAUUGGUGGGCACGAUCUUAGAUGCUAUUAAGGGCGACAAGUACUUGUACGAACACGGCGUUUUACCCUGCGAUAUCAGUCCGGAAAACAUCAUGAUACGUGGGCUAGAGGACAAUGUUCCCGUGACCGGCGGAUGCAUAAUAGACCUCGACCGAGGCAAGAGGCAGACCGCUGCCCCUGACCGGAGUAUUCCCAAAUUCGACGAUGAUCUGCUCGAGACCGCUCUGACGGAUGUUGAGGAUGACUUGCGCAAAUUGAGACAGCGCGGUCGAUUCCCAGCAAUAGUUGAUAAGGAGAUUUGCAGACGUGCACUGCGGGCGAUCACUCGGCGAGUGGAUCCAGAAACCCUGGAGGGUUCGUCAAUCCUCGAUAUCUCGCUCAACGCUGUCAAGUACAUCGAACAGGCCAUCUCAUACAAGCAACAUCACAGGCAAGCACCACCCAACCUGGAUUAUUCCAUAAACACAUUGCACUGGGAUGUUGAUCUGGAGAAUCGCCCAGUCUUCACCCGGUCGGCGAUAUUUCGUGAUCAUCCAGACUGGUCUCGUUCGGGCACGCUUCCAUACAUCAGCCCAGAGCUUUUGGGCGCUCGUCCACAGGUACUAGUGGCCGGCUCCAUUGAUACACCGCCCGAGGACAUCUAUCCAGAUGCCGUCCAUGACGUCGAGGCCUUUUUCUGGGUCCUCGUCUAUAUCUGCGUCACUCGCAGCGGUCCGGGAGGUCGGAGACGCGAAGAGUUCCUGAAGAAGCCCGACGACGUGCUGGACCCCGAUCAGCGUAGGGCGGUGGAAUAUGUGCACGAAGUCACCGCGAACUAUUUCGACAACGAUGAUGCGUCGCUUCAUCUGAAGUACAAGGGCGAGCUCCAUAAGAAGGGUCUUCCGGAGUUUCAGAGGCUCAUCUUCCCCGCCUUCCAUCGCUACUUCUGGCCAUUCAAGCGCAGCUUGGAAGCUCUUUUCCAACUCCUCCAACUCGCUUAUAGAUACCGCGGCUAUGAAUACUGCAGUAUUCAUGAUCGUGCCAUCGAAAUCCUGGCCGACCUGUUGGAGAUGUUGGCAGCGCCCGAGUUCGAUGAAAGCGCGACACCAGCGAACGUAAAGGAGCUGGAGGAAAGGGCGGAUUUCUUCCCCAAGUUACAGAACAGUAUUGAUCGACCGCCGCCCGUCAAGCGCGACGACCCGACCUCGCCCAAGGUGUCCACUUUCAACAGAAACCAAUCGUCAGCGCCUUCCCAGUUGUCCGUUCCAACAGACGCUGCAGCCACGCAUGCUCAGAAGAAGCAGAAGCGUUCGGGGGAUUAUUAGAUUUCUAUGUGUUCGUGGAUUGGGAACGUCUCUGCCUCACUUCAUAUAGGCCUAAUAUUGUUGUCAUGUGACUGAAAUACAGAUUUGAUUACUUCUCUU